UCUCUCAGGGACUUAAAGACUUUUCUUUGUCUAGAAUACAAAGGAGGACACAAGGUGAUACUUUCAACCAAACUGGUUAUCAGCAUGGUUCUUUGCCCAUUUCUUCCAAUAAUAUGUACUCUUGUCAUUGCACAAGUGCUCACUACUGAGGAGUGUCAGGUAGCAGUGAUCCAGUCAGAAGAACUGCUCUUUGGCAGUGUGAACCAGUCUCUCUCCAUUCCCUGCCAUGUCACUGUGUCUGCCUGCAACGGUUUGAUCAACAGUUCGCCCAUGAUGGUUUGGUAUAUGUUCAAGAAAGACUCCCAUUCCCAGCUGGAUCUGAAAAGCCAGCCCCUCAAGUACAGGCUGGAGACCCAACAUCUGAGCAUUCAUUCCCUCUCAGCUGAUGACAAUGGUGUGUAUUACUGUGCCGCCAUUCUUAAGACUGUUUCAGCUAAUAAAGAAAAACAAGCUUUUGGAAGUGGUACCACAGUAACGGUGAAAGAGAACAGCUUCACCACUGGCCACAUGCUGCUUGUAAUGUUGCUGGUCUUACUGAUGCUCUAUAGUCUCACCAUCCUGAGUUUCAUUGUAUGUAUAAAGACAAGAGGAAGCACACUGUUCUUACAAGGAAGACUGAGGACAAGUCAAAUUAAGAGUACCUCGACCAGAAGAGUCCAGUUUGGCGCUGUGGUGCAAGAAUUGUACACCAAGAGGAACUUGCGCAGUAGCAAUAAAACCUCUCCCAGUGAAGCUUCCCCAGAAAACAAGUGUGAAACACACAGGAAGAAGGAAGAGAGAGUGACUGAGGACACAACAUUCAAGUGAGCAGCUUUUGCUCGGGAUAAACAUUGCCCAUUCCAAAGUCCUCAUCUAAAUCAGUAUGAGCCAUGAGUAUGAGAUCCUUCUGAAAAGUGAACAUUCAGCUAGAGCCAUAAAUGUCAUAGUGACAGCCUGGUAAUGAAGCAUGCUAUUUUCUGCUACAAAUAUCCAUAUUUGUUGCCAAUUUCAGAUGCACGACAUGUUUACUGAAGCCUGUUUUUUUUUUCCUUAUUCUUCAUCACUUCUUUGAACUGUAAUACAAUAAUCUGGAAUUUAUAAAUGACAGUCUAUCAGCAAAUGCAUUGGCGCUGCUUUGCCAAACUUUGAAAUCUGAAGCAAAAGUUUAAUUAAACAUCUUUAAUUGAUAGCAAUUUGUUUAAUAUAGGAGGAGUCUACUUGUACUUUAUAAUAGUAAUUUCCUAUUAUGGCUUUCCAUUGUAGUGGAAAUCUUCCUGGACUGGUUAGAGAAAAAAAAAAAAAGAUUGCAGUAAUUGCUGUGCUAUGAAUUGACUCAGAGGCAAGGG